GUGGCGCGCAUGUGCAGAAUAAAGACCAGGAUUGGCCUGUGUGACGGUCUCAGUCCCCUGUCCCAACCAAUCCAGAUGCGCUGGAGGUGGGCUCUCCUCUCACUGGCCGGCCGUGCGUCUGCGCGGGGAUUUCGUUCCACAGCAGCUGUUUGCGCGAGUUAUUCCUGUCUGCGCCAUGGUCUCAGGGCUGAUCGAACGCCUCGCCUCUCGCCUGGGACUCGCCGACCCCAGUGUGCUGAGGAAAGCAGAGGAAUACUUGCGACUGUCUCAGGUGAAGUGUACUGGUCUGUCUGCACAUACCACAGAAACUAGCAAUGUCAUCAUGUGCUUGGACCUUGCAGCUGCCUGUAUGAAGUGCCCUUUGGACAGGGCUUAUUUAAUUAAACUUUCUGGAUUGAACAAGAAAAUGUAUCAGAGCUGUCUUAAAUCUUUUGAGUGUUUACUGGAUAUGAAUUCAAAUAUUGGGAUAAAAGACCUAGCUGUACAGUUUAGCUGUACAGAAGCAGUGAACAUGGCUUCAAAGAUACUGCAAAGCUAUGAGUCCAGUCUUCCCCAGACACCACAAGUAGAUCUUGACUUAUCCAGGCCACUUUUCACCACUGCUGCACUACUUUCAGCAUGCAAGAUUCUAAAACUAAAAGUGGAUAAAAACAAAAUGGUAGCAAUGGCUGGUGUGAAAAAAUCCAUAUUUGACCGACUGUGUAAACAGUUAGAGAAGACUGGACAGCAGAUUGACAAAGAAGGUAGAGAUUUAGCUAGGCCUCUGCGGAAGAAAAAGCGUACAGUGAUUGAAUCACUAGCAGAGGAAAUAAAGAAAGUAGAAGAAAUCCCACAUAAACGACAGAAAGAUGAAGAUGUGACACAGGAUUAUGAAGAAUGGAAAAGGAAAAUUUUGGAAAAUGCUACCAGUGCUCAAAAGACUACAGCAGAGUGAUUUUAAUUUCCAGCCUGAGAUGUACUGCAAACCUAUAUUUACUGCUACCUCCAGCAAGGAUUGAGGGCUUUGGGCUUUGUUUGAACUUUUAUGCCAAGGUUUCUGUUGCUUUAAUAGCAAAGAAGCCAUUAUUAGAGCUGAGUAAUGGGCAGUGGGCUGCCCUGGCAUAAGCAACAUUAGAUCAGCUGCAGUGCCUCACACAUCAGAUCCCUGUAGGGCAGGCUGUCUUAUAACAGGAAACGGCAGCCACUUUGCAUUUCUGUUGUGUCUUAUGCUAUAGGCAGUCUUCUGUCCCAUCUAGAAUGUAAGAUUUUACUUAAGUUUUUGGUAAUUGUUUUGAUUUGACUAAGUAUUUUGUACAACCUAAAUUAAUAAAUGUUAUUUUUUUGUGCA